AUGCUUCACCCGAUCCUUGACCUGAGCAGUUUCAACGUGACAAUUACAUUUUUAGGCCUAUUUAUCCUUGCUUUCGGGUUCAUUUCCAUCAAACUCAAGCAACGAUGGUACCUUGGUGAAGCCUUGCCGUCAUUUGUGGUCGGCACGCUGCUAGGCCCAUUCUGUGCGGGCCUCAUCGAUGUCAAUCGGUGGGUUGGGGACGAUGAUGUGGGUGACGCUGCAUACGCCCUCACUCGUCUCGUUAUUGGUAUUCAAAUGGUCAAGGUUGGCUAUGAGCUGCCCAAACGGUAUCUUCGGUUACGACUGGUCGAGUUGACAAUAUGUCUGCUUCCUUUGAUGACACUGCAGUGGCUCCUCACAUCUUCAUGCAUUCUGUUGAUGAUACCUCACUUGUCGUUCCUCACCGCGUUGAUCAUCGGAUCUUGUGUGAUCUGCAUCGACCCGGUUCUAUCCCAGGCCAUCGCAAAAGGCCCGUUUGCAGACAAGUACGUUCAUCGACACUUGCGCGAGUUCAUCUCAGCCGAGGCCGGAGGAAAUGAUGGCUUCGGAUUUCCAUUUUUAAUUCUAUCGAUCGCCCUCCUACGCUACGCCGAGUCACCAGGUACCGAAAUAUCUAAACGCGAUUGGAUUGGAGAGAAAGACACCGGGCGGUUUGGAGGAGAUGUUGGUCGUGCGCUGGCACACUGGGCUGUGGAGGGGGUGCUAUACAUGAUAAUCAUGGGCUCUGGUUAUGGCUUGCUUGUUGGAUUCCUUGGUCGAAAGGGUAUAAAUUUGGCUUCGAAGCGAAGAUGGGUUGACAAAGAGAGCUUCUUCUUGUUUCCAGUCGCCAUUGGGAUGUUCAUUGUCGGCACAUGUGGGUGUUUUGGAUCCGACGAGACAUUGGCCUGUUUCAUCGCUGGGUGCGCACUGAAUUGGGACGGAUUAUACCAUUCUGAGAUUGAAGCCCGGCACGAUUCUUUCAACAACUCCAUCGAGAUGCUUCUCAACUUCGUUACUUUCAUUUUUAUCGGCGCAGUAAUGCCCUGGGACCAGCUGCAUCUACCACAAGUCACUGGGAUUACUGUCCCUCGACUCAUUACACUAGGUGUUUUGGUGGUGUUAUUCCGUCGCAUCCCAGCAGUUCUCAUGGGGUAUCGCUUCAUGCCGAAGGUUUGCGGCAGUUGGAAGGAAGCCUUAUUCAUGGGAUAUUUCGGGCCAAUUGGUGUUGGGGCUAUCUCAUAUGUCGAGUACGCCCGCCGUCUUCUCCCAGAUCCGGGAAAAAGCGAUGACGAAGUCAACUAUCUGACUGCAGCAAUGGUCCCGGUUGUCUACUGGCUUGUAUUCUUCUCGAUUGUUGUCCAUGGACUCUCGAUUCCAGUGCUGAACGGUAUCUACAAAUGGCUUCGGGUUCCGACAAUUCACGAUCAUCCUGUGGAGGUUCUUAUGCUCUCCGAGAACGAGCCUAUUCCUAACAACUGCGUCGUACAUCGCGAAUCGCAAUUGGUGACGGUAAAUAAUCGCUUCUCGCGUAUCUCUUGCGAGAGCCGACCAGGGCACAAUCGUGAAGAGUCGGACAUAGCUAGGCUAAGAUUUAGUCGCGAUUGUGAGUUAUCGCUCGGUCGUUUGUCGUCAAAAGAGACAUCCACAAGUCAGGCGGAGCACAUCAGAGAAAUGGUUUAG